AUGGUCCUCGAAUACUCCGCCUUCCUCGAGCAUGACAAUGAACUGGAGUUCAUCAAGUCUGCUGUGGACUAUUACAUGAAAUCUACUACGGCUGUCGCUGUGGAGAAAGUCGCGACGGAAAUUAGUGAUCGGGGCUUCAAGACAGUGCCUGAGGAGCACAAGAAAGUGCCUCAGAAGUGGAAGAAGAUUUUCAAGUGGACUCGGAAACUCACGCCAGAAGCUCAAGUCGCGCCGGAAACUCAAGUCGUGACGGAAAUUCAAGUCGCGACGGAAAUUACUGAUCGAGGCUACGAGAAAGAGGAGUUGAAGGAGAAGAUCCUCGAGUUCAUCCUUCAAAAUCGCAUGUGUACGUCCCUCGCUUCUUUGAACCUGGAACUCGAAGUUUACCAGCAGUGCAGCAAAGGACUUGAUCGCAAACCUGAAGAAGUAGACCGUGACAAUCGGGCCAAAUUUCCUGCUUUCGAUGCUUCUGUUGUAUACGAUAUCGAGCACACCUUCAACUGCUGAGUGCUUUUUUUUGCUUUCAGAGUUUCGAUGCUCCUUCCCAUGCUAUCAUGAUGUAAUACUAUACCGACACUUCAGCUUCAACUGCUGAGCGUUGCAGACUGUGUGGGGUUUCAACACCCUUUUCUCGAAUCGCAUUCUAUCGUGUUUUGUUUUGUACA